GGCCCUCCGGCCUUUUCCCCGCUUCUGCACGUCGCUCGGGCCCUCUAGGCCCCCUCUAGACCCUGUCCGAGGUUGCAGGCUUCCAGCCGCGGAGACUCCGCCCCGCGCGCGCUCUCGGGUAGCCAUGGCUCCACUCCGUUUCUCGGCCAACCUGUCGUGGUUGUUCCCGGAGCUCUCGGGCUUUCCCGCGCGGCUCCGGGCCGCGGGCAGUUCCGGCUUCGAAGCGGCCGAGAUCGGCUGGCCGUAUGCGGAGCCGCCGGAGGCGCUGGCGCGCGCGGCGCGGGAAGCCGGGCUACGGGUCGUGCUAAUCAACACGCCCCCGGGAGACAGAGAGAAGGGGGAGAAUGGGCUGGGGGCUGUUCCCGGGAGGCAGGCGGCCUUCCGAGAAGGGCUGGAGCAGGCGGUGCUGUACGCUAAGGCUCUGGGCUGUUCCAGGAUUCACCUGAUGGCUGGCCGAGUGCCCAAGGGGGCUGACAGAGCCGUGGUCAGGGGUGAAAUGGAGACAGUUUUCCUGGAGAACCUCAGGCAUGCAGCUGAGGUUUUGGCUCAGGAGAACCUCGUGGGACUGCUGGAGCCCAUAAAUACCCGCAUCACGGAUCCCCGGUACUUCCUGGACACGCCCCAGCAGGCGGCAGCCAUCUUACAGAAGGUGGGAAGACCCAACCUCCAGCUACAGAUGGUAAGUGGGGGAGAGGAAGGGCUUCUCAAAGGGCCCGUGUUCUCCAAAUCCAGGGACAGUGGUGCGGGCUGCAGGGUCUCUGACGGUGGGAAUCUGCUCCAGGACUUAUUCCACUGGCAGAUCAUGGACGGGAACCUGACGGGGAACGUGCGUGAGUUCAUGCCCAUUGUUGGUGAGGCCCCUUUCUUGGCUUCUUCCUGGUCUGCCAUGAGGUUUCCUCUGUCCUUCCACUCUUCCCACCCCCUACAUCUACCCCCAGAGCACGUGCAGGUGGCACAGGUCCCGGGUCGGGGGGAACCCGACAGCCCCGGAGAGCUCAACUUCUCGUAUCUGUUCCAACUGCUGGAAGAUGAAGGCUACACAGGCUUCGUGGGCUGCGAGUACCAGCCUCGAGGUGAGGGUGGGCUGAGCCUGGCCCCUGGAGGGACAGUGUCGGACAGGGGCUGUCUUCCUCCUCAUGGGCUGAGAUGCCUCGCGCCCCGCUCCCCUCAGGAGACACCGUAGAGGGCCUGAGUUGGCUGCGUUCGUACUGGGAGAUGAGGGGCCGCCCACAGGCUGGCCAGUGAGGUCCUGCGCUCCAGCCACAUGCCUCUGGGACGGUGAGCAGCACCACUGGGUCUCCUCUAAUAAAGACAAC